AUGGACAGGAUUUUCCGAGAACAAAUAGGCCGGUGCAUGGACGUAUAUGUGGACGACAUGGUAGUCCGGUCCGCGGAUGGAGAUGGACACCUUAGAGACCUUGAGGAGGUGUUUCGACAAGUGAGGAAGUUCGGCAUGCGCCUAAACCCCGCCAAAUGUACAUUUGGGGUAGCUGCCGGAAAGUUCUUGGGCUUCAUGUUGACAUCCAGGGGGAUCGAGGCCAACCCGGACAAGUGUGAAGCGAUACUACAAAUGCAAAGUCCAACCACCCUUAAGGAAAUCCAAAGACUGGUCGGACGCCUCACCGCUUUGUCCCGCUUUAUCCCCAACCUGGCGGAUAGAAUGAGGCCGGUCCUGCGAAAAUUGAAAAAAGGGGUCGGCCCGCCUUGGGACGACGAAUGCGAACGAGCGUUUCAGGACGUAAAAACCAUCCUUGUUAACCCACCGGUCAUGAACCGCCCGGUCCCAGGAGGAGAUCUGCAUAUUUUCCUGGGAGUGUCAGAGACGGCCAUCAGUGCCGUGCUAAUGCAAGAACGGCCUCAGCCGAGGUUAAUUUAUUUUGUGAGUCGCACGCUCCUAGACGCCGAAACCCGAUACCAACGGGUAGAGAAGGUGGCCUUAGCUUUGUUGCACGCCUCCCGAAGGCUUCGCCCUUACUUCCAAAGCCAUCAAGUGAUAGUCAGAACCGAUUUCCCUAUCUCCAAGAUCCUCAGGAAGCCGGACUUAGCCGGACGGAUGGUGUCCUGGGCCGUUGAGCUCUCAGAGUUCGGUUUACGGUAUGAGCCGAGAGGAUCGAUCAAAGGCCAACACUUAGCAGAUUUCACGGCCGAGUUACCACCGUCCGGCCAGGACGAGUGGAGCUUGUAUGUGGAUGGAGCGUCCGGUCGAUCGAUCAGCGGGGCCGACAUCGUGCUCGAGGGCCCCAACGGAUUCUUGCUGGAACAUUCCUUGAUCUUCAAGUUCAAGGUAUCCAACAAUCAGGCCGAGUAUGAGGCCCUGGUGGCCGGCCUCGAGUUGGCGAAAGACAUGGGAGCAAGAAGAAUCACCUGCCGGACGGACUCAGAGUUGGUGGUGGGUCAAAUGAAUGGCAACUUCCAAGUUCGAGAGGAGCGUUUAUUGCGAUAUUUCCAACGAGCAACGGACCUCGCAAAGGCGUUCGAUAAAGUGGACAUACAGCACAUUCCCAGGGAACAAAACACGAGGGCGGACGUACUGUCUAAGCUUAGUUCGGGAAAAGAAAAGGGACAGUUAACUACUGUCGUGCGGCAGGUUCUACUUCAGCCUUCAGUAGAGUGUUCGGCGGUAUCCGACGGGGGAAAGGAUUGGCGAACAGAAAUCAGAGAAAUCAUGACUCGCCAAGAUGAAGGGCGGACGGUAGGACCGAGCAAAGCCAAGAAGGUCGCCCGGUAUCUUGUGGUGGGGGACGACCUAUAUCGCAGAGGAUUCUCCUCCCCUCUCCUUAAAUGCUUGGGAGAGGCAGAAGCCCAUUACGUUAUGGACGAGCUCCAUAAUGGUAUUUGCGGCCGCCACACAGGUUGGCGAACGCUAAAAGCCCGACUACUAAGAGCCGGAUAUUACUGGCCUAAUAUGGAAGCAGACACAAAGGCGUUCGUCCAAAGAUGCGUUCGCCAAUUCGUUUGA